AGCAUAUACGUUGUCAAUUGUCAGUUAAAGUAACACCAUGAUGAUUCCUUGCAAGUUAGAAGACAAGCAAAAGCACUCAACCAAAUUAAACAUGAGAAAACAUUAUGGGCUUUAUUCAAAACAAUAUUCAAUUAAACUCUGAAGGGCCUGAUCUCAAUGUCGGCUAAAGCCCAAGCUUAUGGGUUUUAGCCAUCUAGGUUUUUGUUUUCUUUGUUCACCUAAGUUCUAGGCUUCAUGUUGGACCAGGUAGUAUUAUGUGGCUAAACUUUUGCCAUGUCGUCAGUUUUCUAAACAGAUGCAUAUAAGUAUGUUAAAUGUAAUUUUCAUCAAAUUAUUUCAAUCCUAGUAUUUCUUUAUCAAAUUUUGGAUUCUAUCUGGAUCCUUUGGUACAUUUCUUAGCUCAAUUAUUGUUCUUUAUAUUCAUCAACACCUUCACUUUGAUCUCCAGCUCUGUACUCCAUCACUUGGAAACCAGAUUUUGCUGAACUUAAUUCAUUGAAAAUGACAGCCGGUGAAAAUUCUGUGCAGAGCAAGAAAUCUAUUCCUGAUCUUGCUCCUUUGGAAGCAGUAUUGUUUGAUGUUGAUGGAACUUUAUGUGAUUCUGAUCCUCUCCACCAUUAUGCCUUUCGCGAAAUGCUCCAAGAGAUUGGUUUUAAUAAUGGAGUUCCAAUUGAUGAAGAAUUCUUUGUCAAAAAUAUUGCCGGGAAACACGAUCACGAUAUUGCUGUGCUUCUCUUCCCUGAUGAUAUACCAAGGGGCCUAAAGUUCAUGGAAGAUAAGGAAGCAAUGUUUCGGAGGUUGGCCUCGGAAAACUUACCACCAAUAAAGGGCCUAUACAAAUUAACGAAAUGGAUUGAAGAUCGUGGGUUAAAGCGAGCAGCUGUUACUAAUGCUCCAAAACCGAAUGCAGAACUCAUGAUCUCAAAACUCGGCCUCAAAGAUUUUUUUGAUGCUGUUAUUCUAGGAUGUGAUUGUGAGCGUGCCAAACCAUAUCCAGACCCUUACUUGAAGGCACUUGAAGUACUCAAGGUGUCUAAGGAUCACACUUUUGUAUGUGAGGACUCCGUAUCAGGGAUAAGAGCAGGAGUUGCAGCUGGGAUGCCUGUUGUGGGGUUAACUACGCGAAAUCCUGAAAAUCUACUCAUGGAAGCAGAUCCUACUAUUCUCAUAAAGGAUUAUGAGGAUCCAAUGUUAUGGGCGGCCUUAGAGGAGGUUGAUAAGAAGGGAGGUUCUUUCAAAGACAGCAGCUUGAAUUCCACGGCAGUUUAGGAGUUUUAACUUCAUUUGAAUAAUAAUUUUCUUAGGGGAGGGGGGGUCUCAAGACCUCCACAUAUGCCCACAUAAUAUUUGAUGAGCCAACAUAUUCUUAGGUUUUUUGGCUCUCUAUAUAUGUACUCUAUAAUCAGCAGUCAGUGAUGAGAUUAAUCUCUUUCGUUGCCCGAGUUCAUUCCAAGAGUGCUGUGAUAUGAUAUAUUUUCUCAUAUCAAUCUCUGACACCUUAUUUUCAGAAAGAGAUUAAAUGAAGAAAUAGGAUUACAAAUCUUCCAGAUUCACUAUAUAAAUGCCAGACAUGGAUUAGAAAAGCUAUUUACUUCACACUUUACAAAAGGUUUACAACAAAAACUAUGAUUCAAGAAAACAAUAACCAAGCACAAACCAAUUUACCGGAAAAUUUUUUUGUUUGGCAGGUUGAAAACAGGAGCUGCACAAGAAAAUGCAACAAAUGGAAGCUGAACAAACAACUUAAACCUUCUCCAGGCACCAGUUUCGACGGCUAGUUUCGUCAGGCCCAUGAGACUGAAUCGAUCUCGUCCCUUGCAGAUUUGUAUAACUCAAGCCUCUUUGCAAAUUGCUGCCUCCUUUCCAUCAAUGCAGGAUCUUCAUCCAACAACCGUGCAAGCUACUUGGCCUACAAGAAAAUAAUGAAAACUAGUCAGCAAAGAAAUAGUCCUUUCCUUCUAUCCAAGCAGCAUGCCUCCCCCACUGUGAGCAAUGCAACGGUUUGAAGGGAAUUCCAUUCACAAUCGAAAUACCAUGAGGAUGGAAACGUGAAUCUGUCCAAAUGCAUGAAUGUGAAUCAAUGUGAGGAAGAAUGAAAAAGUAAUUAUGAUUGGAUACCUCCUCUUUGCCCAAUUGUAUAUAGAAGUGAUCAAGUAACGACUGCUUGGCCUCCCUCACUUGGCAAUAAACCACAGCCUUAGGAAUGGUAUUCCUAAGCGUAUCAGACACCAUCCCCACAUAAGAAGAAACAUUGGAUCUUAUUCUGUGAAACUGGCCUUCUGCGUAUCUAUCUGUAGAUGUGGAAGUUGGUUUUCCCCCUUUCUCCACUUCUUGGGGGAGUUUCCGAAAGAAAUCCACCGUCAAAUAUGAGGACUCCAUAUCUAUCAAUCGCAAAGCUGGGUUCUUACUCUCUUCACGAAACCUCUCCAAUGCUUCAUUCGCAGCAGCAGCAGCAGCGAUUUCAGCUUGGAGAGUUGCAAAAGCGCUUCAACUUCUGUUCAAUUCCAAAAACCAACUUAUGUUCUUCCAUUGUCCCUAAAGUACCACUAUAUCUUCCAAGAACUAAGCUGGCAAGUUUUCAACUUCCGCAGCAGAAAUCAAAUUCUAAAUACUGUUACCAUUUGGUGAGUAGAUAGUGAGAUGAAUAGGUACAGGAGAAAUCUGUUUGAUUUCCGAGUAAUUCUAUCAGUUUCAUCUUGAAUUUCCUUCCUAACCAUAGCUGCACAUGA